AGUUGUGCUGUGGAAGAAUCUAUAUUUCUGAUCAAGAAUGAAGACUGACCUGAAGUGGAGAGACAUGAAGUUAAUUUUCUUCUUGUGUCUUCUGAAUGGUGUGCCCACUGCUGGAAAGCACCCAGAGAUUCGUCGCUGGUGGCCCAGCACUCUGCCUUGUGAGGUCAAAGUGUCCCAGAAAACGAACACAUCCGAUGCGGACAUUAAACUCUCCUGCAACAAUAGAAAUUUAUAUAACGUGCCAAAGAACAUCCCAGCAAACACCACAAUAUUGAUCUUAAGUGACAAUAAUAUCAAGCUGGUUAAACGAGAAAGUUUUUUCGACUGUAAGGGCUCACUGAAGGAGUUGGAUCUAAGUGGAAAUUGUUGGCGAAUGUACCAUCAAAACUUACCAUCCACUCACUGCAACCAUAAAUUCACCAUUGAAGAAGAUGCUUUCGUUGACCUGCUGAAUUUAACUUCACUCAGUCUGAAUAGAAACAGCCUCAUACUCGUUCCCAAAAAGCUGCCACAAAGUCUGAAAACGCUAUGGCUGGAAUUCAACCACAUUACAACUUUAAGCAGCGGAGAUUUUUAUGGCUUGCACAAUCUUCAAAAUUUACACUUGUGUUGUAAUUGUUACUUGUCAAACGCUUGCUACAAAUCGUUCAAUAUAUCACACGAUGUUUUUACCCUACCAAAUCUCACUUUUCUAGAUGUAUCUAGUAACAAUCUAACAGAUGUUAAGCUGAAUCUUUCAACAACAAUACGAAAUCUCGUCAUUGGCAACAAUGACAUUAGGAAAUUAAGAAGACAGCAUUUCCAUGGCAUGAUGCACUUGGAAUCCCUGGAUGUGGCCUUGAACUGCCCACGAUGCAUCACUGCAUCCUUCCCCUGCAAACCAUGUCCAAACAAUGGACCACUAGAUAUUGACACGUUUAUUUUUUCUGACAUGCCACUUUUAACCCACAUAGACUUAGCUAGCACAUCACUCAAGAAGAUCCCACCCCUGCUGUUUGAGAACAACACUCACAUGACAUAUUUAGAUCUGUCAUUUAAUUAUUUGGGUGGUGAAAUUGAAAAUGGCAUAUUUCUAAAUUACCUGCAACGAAUAGAGCAUUUAAAUCUAUCCUUUAAUUAUUACUUUCAAAAGUAUCCAGUCGAGCUGAAACUUUCAUCAAAUUUUGCCAAUCUCACUUCUUUAAAAGAACUUAUUUUGACGGGUCUUAUUUUUCAGUAUCUGGGUAUAAACAAUUUAAAUCCUCUGAAAACCCUCCUAAAUCUAACGUCCAUAAAUUUAUCACUUAAUUUCAUUAAGCAGGUAAAUAUUAUGGCAUUCAAGGGACUUUCACAAUUAAAUGAGAUAAUUCUCAGUGAAAAUCUGAUUUCACCAGAAAACAAUGCAGGCUGUCUUAUUCCAAAACCAGAUGUAUUUGUGAACACUGUGGAAAAGAAUGAAGGCAGUGUUUUGUUCUUGAUAUCAAAACACGACAAAAAAGUCGGUGUUCCACAAUGUAAGAUGUAUAACAAAGUCUUAGACCUCGGCAACAAUAGUAUUUUUUUCAUACAAAAAAAAUACUUCCAUGACAUGGGGAACAUUGAAUGCCUAGUUUUGAGCAGAAAUUUUAUAAACCAGGCAUUAAAUGGCACUGAAUUUAGCAAUCUCCCAAAACUUAAAUACCUUGACCUUUCUUAUAAUCGAAUAAGUUUGGUUUUCAACACUGCUUUUUCAGAGUUGCCUUACUUAGAGGUGUUGGAUCUCAGCUAUAACCAGUAUUACUUUUCACUCGAUGGGCUUGUGCACAGCAUCAAUUUUAUUUCUGGUAUGUCUGCACUAACAGAGCUUCGCCUGGUAGGGAAUGGUAUCAGAAGUCUGUCGACAGACUCUCCCCUGUACAGUAACACUCUAAAAACGCUAAACUUUCAAGGAAACAGACUUGACAUAUUAUGGGAAGAUGGAAAACAUUUCAACUUAUUUGAAAAUUUUACACAGCUGCAAAACCUUGAUAUGUCUCACAACAAGAUAAGGUUUAUUUUAAAGAACAGUGUGUUUGUGCAUUUAAAAAAACUGAAAGUGUUAAACAUUAGCCAUAACCGACUGACACGUAUUCCUUGGGAUGAACUUGCCAAACUAGAACAUUUACAACAACUGGACCUUAGCUACAAUCAUCUGACACAGUUAUCAGAUGUAUCAAAUAGUACAUCCAUCACAAAGCUGAUAAUGCGUAACAAUAAUAUAGCUUUAAUCAGUGCAGAUUUUGUAAAAUCAAUGCGACUCCUGACUGUUUUAGAUAUAAGGCGCAACAAUCUAACUGCAGAAAGCCAAGAAAGGUUUUCUAUUCACAAUAUGAAACAACUCGAAGUAUUGCAACUCUCUGGAAACCCAUUUCUGUGUACAUGCUCCAACGUAUGGUUUCUGUCUUGGAUCAACUCAACUACUAUUAUUAUUCCUAAGCUGGCUACCAAUGUGAAAUGUAAAUACCCAUUGGACACAUUUUCUGGAAAGAAUAUAGGAGUUAUUUUUUCCCUGAAUGAGUCACAAUGUGAGUAUAUAACCACUGGCAUGGUAUUAUUUUUGAUAUACAAUGUGUUAAUUAUUUUAUUGAUGGCUACAUCAUUCAUCUGGGUACGUUUCCGUUGGAAUUUUGCACAUUUGUUCAGGUCAUUUUGUCGAGGAAAAGUUAAUUAUAGCUAUGAAAACCUCAACCAAAACUCCUAUGAUGCGUUUGUCGCAUACGACUCAUCUAAUGCAGAUGUGUGUGAGUGGGUCCUGAAGGAAAUUCGUGUUCAUCUGGAAGAGAAAUCAAACUACCCCUCGCGUUGUCAUCUCUGUAUUGAAGGACCGUGACUGGAUGCCAGGGAUCAGUAUUUCGAACAACUUGGCGACCAGUGUCUACAAUAGCAGGAAGACUGUGUUUGUCCUAACAAAAGACUACAUCACCUCCGACCACUUCCGGCAGGCUUGGAGUAUGGCCCAGCAGCGAAUGAUUGA